UCGAAAACAAGUUCUAUGCAGCUAGUAAAAUGUAAAUUCGGUUGCAUUCAAAACCAUAAUUACAUCAUUCUUCGAUGGGUGUAUAAAAAGACAAUGAUGACACUUAAGUGGUGGCAAACGUCAAGUGGAAGACAAACCGAGGAAAUGCAAUUGAGGGAAGCAACAACGGCUGGCUGCUUUUGUUUAGUGUUGAUCUGGUGCACUUGGUUCACGCAAAGCGUAAAAGCCGCCAGUGUUGGACGCCCAGUCCCAAAUGCCUACGCGCCACAAAGGCAUCUGAACACACGCGUUGAUGAAGUAAGGAGUGCUGCAAGCUAUAGGCAAGCUGAUUAUGAUUAUGACGAAGAGGAAAAUGAGGAGGAAGAAGUUGAGGAGGAACUGGAAGCAGCUUUAAGUGGCGUCACAAAUAUCGGUGGAGGAAAUGUGGAAGCGGAGGAAGGAAAUAAUGCCGACGAUGAUGACGAAGAGGAAGAAGAGGACUAUGAAGAAGAUGAUGAAGAUAAUGGUGGUGAGGAGGGACGCGCAGUGAAAAGAAAGUUUUUAAUAGAGAAGUUUAUGGGAAUAAAAAUGUAG